AUGGCGGGAAAGCAAUCCAAAGCCAGAAAACCAGAGGUUUUCGGGAAGGGAAAAGUCACCCCUACACAGAUCGCAUUCAUCGUCGACAGGUACCUCUGCGACAACAACUUCUCCUCUACUCGAUCCAUCUUCAGAAACGAAGCUUCUUCCCUAAUCGCCAAUUCACCCAUUCAAGAGGCACCCAAGACCUUGUUGACUUUGGGUGAGAUGCUGGACGAGUAUAUCUGCUUGAAGGAGCAGAAGGUGAUGUUAGAUAAGGAAAGGGUCCUUGUAGAACAAGAGAAAAACCGGGUUCAGAUGCUGUUACAAGGCAUGCAGAAUGUCAUGACUGCUUACAAUGCUAGUGGAAACCUAGCCGCACCUGCUGCAAAAUCUGCGGUUGCGGUGGUUCCUCAACCAGCAUUUAGUAACAAAUCUCAUCCAGGCCUUCCUACUAUGCAAAACAAAUUGACUAUACAGUCGCUGCCUCAGUCUCGCAAUUCAAAUGCCGAGGGUGGAAAUUUCUCAACCCCAAUGAUGAAUGCAUCUGACAGAAAGAGAAAGGAUACUAAAGCUGUGGAUGCUCCUUCAGAUGCCAAAAAAUCUCGUGGUAGAUCAUCCAGUAGGAAAAUUCCCGUCCAAGGUCAAAAUACACUGCAACAAUCUGUUAAUUCUGUCAAUAAUGCAAUGAUAGUUCAGCCCUCUUCUGCAAUUCGAUCUUCACCAGAGAACUGCAUACCCAGUGGGUCACAGGUUCAGGGAUCCAAUGUUGCUAAAUGCUUAUUUAACCAGUCUUCAGUUUCUGUUCCAAGUAAUUCACCAGUUCCAAAGACACCUCCUAGAACAAAUUCUGCUCAUAGUGAUACACAUAUAUCCCCUUCUGAGAUUUCUUCAGUUGCAACUUGCAAUCGUGAGGUUACACCAACUCGUUGCACUGUAAUUUCAACCAAGAGAGUUAUGGUUAGCCCUGCAAAACAGAUGGCUUACAUACAAAUGAGUCAUUGCAUUUCACCUGUGAAGAUAGAUUCAGACAAGGUAAAUAAGAGGGAUCAUGUUAGAAGCAGGUUGGACUUUGAUGCCUCUGAUAUGCCUGAGAGCUUGGACAAUCCAUUGACCAAUGUGAUUUCUCCGUCUGAGUCUGAAAAGGACUUGGACAUAUUUGACAUUGAUUUUCCUAAUUUUGAUGCCUUGGGAUUGGACUUCUCCUUCACUGAAAUGUUAAACGAACUAGACCUUCCUUGUGGAGGCAUUGAUUUUUCUUGCGAUUCAACACCAAGUCCUUCUAAGGAUAAUGCUUUGGGCGGUAAUCAUGCUGUGCCCGAGUUAUCAACUGUGGCAGAAGUUCUAUGUGAGAAAGACAUGAACAUGCUAGGCACUGAUUGUCUGACUGCAAUGAAAUCUGUCACAAAAAGCAUUACAGUUAUAAGCCCUGAUCCAACAAUCCUAACUCGUCCUAUAUUAUGCCUACAGAGAAAAACCGCCAGGGGGUCUCUUGAUCAGGAAAAUUGUAAAUGA